AAUGGCCCGUUCCUUCCUCUUGAAGUUUGACGCCCGUGGUCCAGGUCGCUUUCGUCUCUCCCACACGACGCGACAAGACAUUGGACCCCUCGUUGCAUGGUCGCGCAGGUUUUUGAUAUAAAUACUCCGUGUCCCCACAUCCUCCAUGUCUCUACCACUGCCCGUCACUAGCCCGAAGAUGCCGCCGAGCAAAGAAACCGCGCAGCACGAGUGUGUCUCGGAGGAUGCGCUGCAGCACCUCAAAACAUACAAGUAUUCGAGCGUCGACAAAUCCUACAUCUCCCGCUAUAUCCUCAAGCACUACUGGAAUGGCUUCGUCGAGCUUCUGCCGCUUUGGAUAGCACCGAACCUGGUCACAUUGUUGGGCUUUUUCUUCAUCAUUGGGAACAUUGCAUUGCUAGAGCUCUAUAUACCGGAUCUCGUCGGACCAGCGCCAUCAUGGGUUUACUACAGCUUCGCAUUUGGAAUGUGGAUGUACUCCACCAUGGACAACGUCGAUGGAAAGCAAGCGCGCCGUACCGGAACAUCAAGCCCGUUAGGAGAGCUGUUUGACCAUGGCAUAGACUCCCUAAACUGCACCCUGGCCAGUCUCUUGGAAACAGCAGCUCUUGGAUACGGCUCAACCAAAAUUGGCGCCUUCACCGCUCUGAUCCCGGUGCUGCCCAUGUUCUUCUCAACUUGGGAGACAUACCACACCCACACGCUGUAUCUUGGCUAUUUCAACGGACCCACAGAGGGACUCAUACUUGCGUGUCUCUUCAUCUGCAUGUCUGGCUACUUUGGCCCCGAGAUCUGGUCCACUCCCCUUGCAACGUACUUCCCAUCUUACAAAACAGAGAUUGGCGAAGUCACCCUGAAAGAAAUAUGGAUACCCAUCAUCCUAUUCGUCUUUUUCGUCGCACAUCUCCCAGCGUGCAUUGUCAAUGUUGCACGAGCAAGACGGUCCAGAAACCAGCCUUUUGCCCCGACCAUGUAUGAAUGGACGCCAAUCGUCGUCUUUGUCGCAUGCACCAUGGCCUGGCUUGGAUCACCUCACUCACACCUGCUCGAAGAUAACCACCUCGUCCUCUACUGUCUGACCAUGUCGCUGGUCUUUGGACGGAUGACUACCAAGAUUAUCCUUGCUCAUCUCACUCACCAGCCUUUCCCGUACUGGACAGUCAUGUUGUGGCCGAUGAUAGGAGGAGCGUUGCUGGUCAAUCACCAGUACUUCACCAUUCCAGGCACUUCCUUUGGACCCAUUUCUGCGAACUUUGAAUUAUGGUACCUUCGCGCCUACUUCGUCUUCGCUGCUAUUGUCUACGGAAAAUGGGCACACCUUGUCAUCACGAGUAUCUGCAACUACCUUGGCAUAAACUGCUUGACAAUCCCCAAAGCGACUUUAGAGAAGAACGCCAAAUCGAACGGCGCCGCCUCUGCAGCUCCUUCCGAUAAGGGCCGUGUGGACUGAGCAAUCGAGUUUGCCUUUUAAUGAGCAGAUUACGACGACGACACAUAUCCGUAUAUUCAUUUACACACGAUGGGUCAAAUCAUCGGUUCAUUCCUAAUCAUCAUACGCAUUCGACCUUACGAUUACGGACAUCUAGACGCACAUAAUUUUUGGGAAGUGCUCGGAUAUUGACGACUGUUAUUCCAAAAUAGAACGUAUUAAUACCUGUAGUUUCUGGGAGUUAGAGGAAGAGCGUUGCCAGGUCUCUUCGCUUCCCUUUAUUGCUUUUUAUAUUUCAACUCUGGCGUAGACUAGUG